GGGAAAUGUAGUUCACUUUAAAAGCUGAGACACAUGGCGGAAGUGGCUGGAGAGAGGUUGUUCCGGAUCGUCUCAGUGCCCUACCUGACCUAACCCGGUGCUGUCCUGGUUGGUAUUCGUUGGUCCUCUGAGUUCGUAGCUCGUGGGGUCGCAGUUUAUACUUUUGAGUUUGCCCAGAGUGCCCAGAAGAGCAGAGAAGCAUGGCUAUUGUGGAUGUCAACACUGUGUUCAAGGAGCUGGUGGUGUUCAGGGAUGUGGCUGUGGAGUUCUGUAAAGAGGAGUGGGAGUGCCUGGACCCUCAUCAGAGAUCUUUGUACAGAGAUGUGAUGUUGGAGACCUACGGAAACUUUGUGUCACUGGGACUUGCCAUUUCUAAGCCAUCAGUAAUUUCACUACUGGAGCAAGGCAAAGAACCGUGGAUGGUGGAGCAAGCAGGAUGGUAUCCAGAUUUGCUGUCUGUAAAUGAAACUAAGAAUUUAUCUCUAGAGAGUGGCAUCUUUGGGAAGGAAUCAUUUAAAUGGAAAAUAAUAGAAAGAGUUGGUAAUUCUUGCCUUGAGGAAUCUUGUUUUGGAAAUGAUUGGAAACUUGAGACACAACCGGAAUCUACAGAGGAAUAUUUACAGGGAGUGACAGCCCCGUUGGAAAAGAUGUCAACUGAAUUCAUUCAGCCUACACCCAUUGCUCUAAGUGAAAUGACUCACUCUGAAACAAAACACAAUGAACAGGAAGCAGGUGAAACCAUUACUCAGCAGGUAAAAAUUCCUACCAGUGACAAUGAAAUGUACGAGAACACCUUUCUGUAUUACACAGAUCAGGUGAAGCAUCAGCAGGAUUUUGCUGGCGAGAAAUGUGAGGAAUUGAAGGAAUGUAGCAGAGGAUUUGCAUAUGACUUCCAACUGGCCCCAUAUCAGAUCAAUAAGAAGCCCUAUCAGUGUGAGAUCUGCGGCAAGAUCUUUGAAAAGCAUGCUUACCUUGUUCAGCAUAACCGCUUCCACACUGGUGAAAAGCCCUGUGAGUGCAAAGAAUGCGGGAAAGCCUUCACUAACUGCUCCCUGCUUGUCCAGCACCAGAGAGUUCACACUGAUGAGAAGCCCUAUGAAUGCAAACAUUGUGGGAAGGCCUUCCUCUACUUCUCGACGUUUUUUCAACAUCAGAGAACACACACGAAUGAGAAGCCUUAUGAGUGUCACAAAUGUCAGAAGGCCUUUAACAAGAGUGCAAAUCUCACCAGGCACCAAAGAAUCCACAGUGGUGAGAAACCCUAUGAGUGCAACUUAUGUGGAAAGACUUUCACUUGGGCUUCCAACUUGAAUGAUCACCAGAAAAUUCACACUGGUGAAAAACCUUACGAGUGUAACUAUUGUGAAAAGGCCUUUCUCUGUCAUUCAGCAUUCAUGAAACACUAUAGAACUCACACUAAUGAGAAGCCCUACGAGUGCCAGGAAUGUAUGAAGGCCUUUAGGCAGAAAGCACAUCUUAUCCAACACCAGAGAGUUCACACUGGUGAAAAACCUUAUGAAUGUAAGGAAUGUGGGAAGGCCUUCGCUUGUCCUUCAUACUUUAAUAGACAUCAGAGAAUUCACACUGGGGAGAGGCCUUAUGAAUGUAAAGAAUGUGGAAAGGCUUUUAUUGAUUGUAAAACUCUUAUUCUACACCAGAGGAUCCACACUGGUGAGAAACCCUUUCAAUGCCAGCAGUGCAGCAAGGCCUUUAGGCAGAGGUCCCAUCUUACUCAACAUCAAAGAAUUCAUACGGGUGAGAAGCCCUAUGAAUGUAAGGAAUGUGGACAGGCCUUCACUCGGCUCUUACAGGUGAAGAAGCACCAGAGAAUACAUACAAUGGGAGAAAUCUUGUGGCGGGGCCCGCUCUGCGAACCCCUGCGACUCGGGUGGCCACCCGUGGGUGCAGCCUAUCGUGCUGCCGCGCUGCACCUAAACCCCAGCCUGGCUGUGGACGAGGACCGAGAGCAAACCUAUAGUUUGGAGGAGGACAUAUUUCUGUGUAAGCCGCCUCCCACCUCUUACACUUCGUGUGUUGGAAAGCCGGGUUGCAUGUCAGAAGGGAGAAAUGGGAUCCUCUGGUUUUUAAAAUUUGGAAGCUCUAAGGCGGUUCUGAUCUCAUCCUGCAGCUCUUCCUCCAGCUCUCGCCUCUGUGAACUGCUUCUCCAGGGCAUGAUCCCUGAGGAAGGACAAGCCAGAUCUUGCAAUUCUAGAAUCAUGAGUGAGGUGACGUUCAGAGAUGUGACUGUGAACUUUUCUCAGGAAGAGUGGGAAUGCCUGAAUCCCUAUGAGAGGGAUCUGUACAAAGCUGUGACGUUAGAGAACUACAGCCACCUGGUGUCACUGGCAGGAUGUUCCAUCUCUAAGCCAGAUGUGAUCACCCUGCUGGAACAAGGGAAAGAGCCCUGGAUGAUUGUGAGGGAUGAGAAGAGAAGGUGGAGCCAAGAUCUGGAAACCAGAUAUAGCAGUAAAGUGUUAUUUCAAGAAAAGAAUCCUUUUGAAAUUAAUUUAUCUCCGUGGGAAAUAAUGGAAAGAAUUAAAAGACACAGCCUUGGAGUCUCCUUUUUUGGAAAAGAAUUUGAAUAUAAGAUGUUUAAAGAACAAGAGAGUUCUCACAGGGUAUGUUUCAGAGAAAUUACAAAAAUCACCCCUGGGAAAAGACCUAUGUACAGAAAACGCUCACCUGUUGGUCUCUGUAAGAAAAAUCAUAACAGAGAAAAGCCCUACGGAUGUGGGGCGUGUGGAAAGGCUUUCAGAGUCCGCCAACAACUUACUUUCCAUCAGAGAAUCCACACCGGUGAGAAACCCUACGAAUGUAAAGACUGUGGGAAAACCUUCAGACAGUGCGCCCACCUCAGUCGACAUCAGCGAAUUCACACAUCUGAUAAACUCUACGAAUGUAAGAAAUGCGCAGAGGUCUUCACGUGUAGCUCAGACCUCCGAGGCCAUCAGAGAAGUCAUAUUGGCGAGAAGCCGUAUGAGUGUAAAGAGUGUGGGAAGGCCUUCAGAGUUCGAGGACAGCUUAGUCUCCACCAGAGGAUCCACACAGGCGAGAAGCCCUUCGAGUGUAAGGAGUGUGGGAAGACCUUCAGGCAGCACGCGCACCUUUCCCGGCAUCAGAGGCUCAACAGUGCUGCUGUGUGCUACAGGUGUAAGGAGUGUGGUCAGGCUUUCCUGUGCAGCACUGGCCUUCGGCUGCAUCACAAACUGCACACAGGAGAGAAGCCGUACAGCUGUAAGGAGUGUGGGAAGGCCUUCCGGGUGCGGCAGCAGCUCACCCUCCACGAGAGGAUCCACACAGGUGAGAAGCCCUUCGAGUGUAAGGAGUGCGGGAAGACCUUCAGUCGGGGUUACCAUCUGACGCUCCACCAGAGAAUCCACACCGGGGAGAAGCCUUACGAGUGUAAGCAGUGUCAGAAGUGCUUCCGCCGUUACUCGGAGCUCAUUUCCCACCAAGGUGUUCACGUUGGGGAUAAGCCGUAUGACUGCAAGGAAUGUGGGAAGGCCUUCAGGCUGUUCUCACAGCUGACUCAACACCAGAGUAUUCAUUUGGGUGAGAAGCCCUAUAAAUGUAUGGAAUGUGAGAAAACUUUUAGACUGCUCUCACAACUUACUCAACACCAGAGCAUCCAUACUGGUGAGAAACCUUAUGACUGCAAGGAGUGUGGGAAAGCCUUUCGGCUCCACUCAUCGCUAAUUCAGCAUCAGAGAAUCCAUUCUGGAGAGAAACCGUACAAAUGCACAGAGUGUAAGAAGGCCUUUAGACAACACUCACACCUCACCUACCACCAGCGAAUUCACAAGGAUUCUUAAGGAUCCUUUUAAGAAUCCUUCCAUUGCAAAUGUGUUAAGGGGCAUUGGAAAAUUCUAGAAGAAAAAGGUUUUAAUCCUUUUUGGCUUCAUGCUCACAAGUAUUGGCAUACAAGAUUUCAGUCAGAGGAAAGAGUGUUGAACUUUAAGAAAUUCUCUCUAGAAUGGAAUUUCAUGGAAGGAGUGAAUGUAUAAAAGCUAGUCUAGCUAUAUACUGUAUGCCUGAGCGUGUAGCCAGAGCACUAACUCAUUUUUAAAAUUAAUAAAUAAAAAGAAAUGUCUGUAUAAGUUGUAUCUCAGAGCUAGUGAAGAUUGUUGAGGUACAGUUCUUAAUUAGAGAGUUUCAGCAGGAUCAGCCAGAACAUAUAAUAGCAACUCAACCUGUGUGUCACAACCCCUUUAGGGGUCAAACAACGCUUUCACAGGAGUCACCUAAGACCAUCGGAAAACAGAUACUUACAAUUCA